GGGAAGCGCACGCGCCCCGCCUGGGGGCCCCGCGGCGGACCGAACCAUCCCAGCUGGGGGGCGGGAGGGUUGACUGGCCUCCCGUCCUCUGGCCGCGUCAUCUGCUUGGUUUUCCUGGUAGCCAAAACUCUAGGAUCCAGAGACAAUGGCCCUGAAGGGAUGGACCCCGAUGGUGUCAUUGAGAGCAACUGGAAUGAGAUCGUUGACAGCUUUGAUGAUAUGAACUUGUCAGAGUCACUUCUGCGAGGAAUCUAUGCCUACGGUUUUGAGAAACCCUCUGCCAUCCAGCAGCGAGCCAUUCUCCCUUGUAUCAAGGGUUACGAUGUGAUCGCCCAAGCCCAGUCUGGAACUGGGAAGACGGCUACGUUUGCUAUCUCCAUCUUGCAGCAAAUUGAGCUAGAUCUCAAGGCCACCCAGGCUUUGGUUCUGGCCCCAACAAGAGAGUUGGCUCAGCAGAUCCAGAAAGUGGUGAUGGCCCUUGGCGACUACAUGGGUGCAUCAUGCCAUGCUUGUAUAGGGGGUACAAAUGUCCGGGCCGAGGUGCAGAAGCUGCAGAUGGAAGCCCCUCACAUCAUUGUGGGGACUCCUGGACGAGUGUUUGACAUGUUGAACAGGAGGUAUCUGUCCCCCAAGUUCAUCAAGAUGUUUGUGCUGGAUGAAGCAGAUGAGAUGUUGAGCCGGGGCUUCAAGGACCAGAUCUAUGACAUAUUCCAGAAACUGAGCGGGAACACGCAGGUGGUGCUUCUGUCUGCCACCAUGCCCAUGGAUGUCCUGGAGGUGACCAAGAAGUUCAUGAGGGACCCGAUCCGGAUCCUGGUGAAGAAGGAAGAGCUGACCCUGGAGGGUAUCCGGCAAUUCUACAUCAAUGUGGAGAGGGAGGAGUGGAAGCUGGACACUUUGUGUGAUCUUUACGAGACCCUCACCAUCACCCAAGCUGUCAUCUUCAUCAACACCCGGAGGAAGGUGGACUGGCUGACUGAGAAGAUGCAUGCCCGGGACUUCACUGUUUCGGCCAUGCAUGGAGACAUGGACCAAAAGGAGCGUGACGUGAUCAUGAGGGAGUUCCGCUCUGGUUCCAGCCGUGUCCUGAUCACCACAGACUUACUGGCUCGUGGCAUUGAUGUGCAACAAGUGUCGCUGGUCAUCAACUACGACCUGCCCACCAACCGUGAGAACUACAUCCACAGGAUCGGUCGAGGUGGCCGUUUUGGCAGGAAAGGAGUUGCGAUCAACAUGGUGACGGAAGAAGACAAGCGCACGCUGCGUGACAUUGAGACGUUCUACAACACCUCCAUCGAAGAGAUGCCUCUUAACGUAGCUGACCUCAUCUGAGCUGCCUCUCUUGGGGGUGGGGGUCUGCUGUUCCCACAACCCCGGGUGCAAAAUCCCCAUCCCCCACCCUUUUCUAUUUUUGAGUUUUCUCGCCUUUUGAAUAAAUGUCACUUUUUUGGAGGCAAAACGAAAUCCUUAGUGUUUACUGGCGCUUUCUGUGUCUUGGUCUUCUCCUCCCCCUCCUCUCUACUUGUGACUUCAUUUUUGUAGCUCUGUUAUCCAAGCAGUCCCUUGACUCUGGAGCCCAGGUGUCCCUCUGGCCGGGGGAGUCAAUGAUAUAAGCUGGGGUUCCUGGCUUCUGGGCCCCUCUUUCUGCCCUGCUGCCCCAAAAUACAAUAUUUGAUUUUGUAGUUUUCAGAAAUAACCGACAGAAUCAUGGUGCUAACAAAAAAUGAAAGCUUGAGAAUCUAACCCCUGCCUCGCCAAGGGUUGUGGUUUUCUCUCCCUGCCUGAAAUCAUUGGUUGAAACAAAUUGCCAAGCUGCUUUCUCCAGACAAAUGGAAGGAGACUUCCCCAUCACUUUAAAACAAAAAACAAAAAAAAAUUGAAAACUUUUCAUAUGGCAAAAAAUCUGUGCGUGCAACCUUACUUUUUGUAUAGCUAUUAUUUAUUCAAAAGGAAAGUUACAGUGACCAAAAUAAACGUGAUCUUGAGAAAACAA